GAAAAGUAAAAUUAGUGUUUUAUUAGAUUUCGGGCACUGUAUUUUGCCAACUAAAUGAAAUUGUUUUCACUGCCUGAAAAGUCAGAUUGCCCGAUAAUUAGGCCCCCCCCCCCACACACACACACAUUCCCUUGUUCGUUUGCUUAUGUUUCCAGGAUUUUUGACAUUUACGUUCGAUUUUGUGUACAGUUCGGAGGACUAGAUCGACGCUAGUCCGCCUCAGUCUGAGUUUUUGUCAUGUUACAUAACGUCCACUCGACACAAACUAGGUCAUUUGAACACAUGGUUCAAUUUUAUUUCAAUAAUUCGCAUGCGUGUAAGGGUCUUUAGCAGUGGGAGGACCCGGAGAAAACCCACGAGGUUGGACAGGCGACCCUACUCCUUGUCACGUAUAACCGGGGAAUCGAAACCACGCCAGUUGACUCAAUGACAGACCUUAUGAUACAGCCUACACGCUGGGAAACCUGAACAAACGAAUUAAAUUCAAUUAUUACGUGUACCUAUUGGCGUGCACGUAAAAGAACCCUAGACAGUUAAAAUCCAAAAUAUGAGUACAAAAUUUCCCUCAUAGCACACUGUAUGGCGUAUGCGUGACUUCAUUAGCCAAAUCGGUGCAGAACAGUAGGACGUUAAACCCUAAUUAAUUUCAUGACUAACUAUUAAUUUCUGAUCAUAUGAUAACACGAUACGAUUUGCAUAAUUAAACAGAUUAACAGAUUAAAUAGUUAAGUGGCUUAAUCGUAGUGAUUAUAAAUAAGAUCGUCUUAUAUACAUGUAUAUAUAUGUUGAUUUAGACCCAAGCCAUUGUUAAAACCUACUGAUCUAUAGAGAAGGCUGAGCUGAAGUAGCUUAAAGGGAUAUUAUACGUGGAAUUUGUAAUAAUGUGGGUUAUAUUGUAAGGUGUAAACAAUACCUAGUUACGUGGUAUAUCUCUAUAGGUAUAUAUAUAGCACACACGCGUAAUAGCAGGUGCCCGUUAUAUUUAUAUAUAUAUAGCAAUGUGUCUGUAUGUAAUGAUAGUAUAGAUGUAGUUUGCUUGUCUUAUAACAGUGUAUACAAGAAAACUACAGCUGCAUAUAAACACGAGUUAUACUCGCCUGCUAAAACUAUUAGAACACUUCAAGGACGAAGUUGCUGUUUUGAGACGAAGUGGUUUGGAAAUUUGAGACGAGGUUGCUUACAUCAAAACUUAAGCUGGCUGCGUGGAAUGAAAUUCGAACUAUUCCCCACCUCACCGAACCCCAGAAUCAAUCAACUGUGAACAGACGGCGUAUUAUUAACGGAUCUAUCAAAAUGUCGACGAUAUCGGAGUUUACGAUUUCAGCACAAGAAGCCAAUGUUAUGGUGAAAACCCAGGCUAAGUUGGACGACGGUAGAAAGUGUUUCUUAUUACAAAUAAGUUUCAAGAACGUCUACAGUGAAACGGAAGUACCAAACUCGUGUUAUAGAAUAUUACCGCGGUUAUUAAACGGUGUUCCCCUGGGCGCAGGUUUGAUGAGUAGAACUCAGUUAGAAGUUAUACGAUGGAAAUUUUUAGAAAGUUCAAAACACAGUCAUACAUUUUUAUCUUUACCGAUCGAAAGAGACGAAGCGGAGGAGACGAAGCGCGGAGUACGAGAUCGUUUGAUACAGCAAUCACAGCGAAUAUUCGGUGAUAUAACGGUAAAAGUUAGUUUAGUUUUAUCAGAAUGUGUUCAAUAUGACGAUGAUAUAAUUAUUAACGAUAUAGCUGUACCUAAUGAAGACGGAUAUCAUUUUAGAGACUGAAUUACUAUUAGUGAAUUUAUUUAUGGACUAUAUUUGUGAAUUUAUUAUGGACAAUAUUUGUGAAUUUGUUUAUAGACAAUAUUUGUCUUAUAUUCCCCUACUGAUAUAGGACUAUUUAUUUAUUGAUAAUAUAGGCCUAUCUGUUUAUAAUAUAGGCCCAUUUAUUGAUAAUAUAGGCCUAUCUGUUUAUAAUAUAGGCCCAUUUAUUGAUAAUGUAGACCUAUUUGUUGAUAAUAUAGUUCUAUUUGUUGAUAAUAUAGGCCUAUUUGUUUAUAAUACAGGCCUAUUUGUUGAUAUUUAUCAAUAAUAUUUCCCCCGAUACACGAACAUUUUACGUUUAGAGUGUUAAAUGUUUUUGGCGUUGUUUUAGAGUGUCGACUCUUUAUAGCGCAGUUUUUGGCGUUGUUUUAGAGUGUCGACUCUUUAUAGCGUUGAAUGUUUUUAGCGUUCUUUAGAGUGUUGACUAUUUUAACGUUGUUUAUUUACGCUGUGUGAUAUACCUGUAGAGUGUUGACUUUUUUUACCGUUGUUUAUUUGCGCUGUGUGAUAUACCUGUAGAGUGUUGACUAUUAUACAUGUACCCGUAUUAUUUUCCAUAUUACAUGUAUGGUUUGUUUUAACUUAAACAGGCAUACUAUAAACGUUAUCGUGAUAUUCCCCCGCAACCCCUACCCGGCGGGUCGGCCCAUGUUACAGUGGGGCUGACACAAAUUAAAAUCGGUGUUUGAUUUUUGCAAGUGUGAUAGCUGGACUAAUUUCAUGUAAGCGUGUAAACAUACACAAGCGACAGAUAAUUUGAGAUGGGGAAAGCGGGCGUUAAACCCGUCCUACACAAGUUUGAGAUGAGGAAAGCGGACAUUAAACCCGACAUACACAAGUUCGAGAUACAAGAUACUGUAGAAACAGAGACUCGAUUCACGUUGGUAUUCGUUAUAGAAUAUCUCUGAUUUAAUUCAGUGUAUUUUGUAUCUAAAAUACUAAUCUAUCCCGCCAUCUCUCUCUCUCUGGGGGGUUGGAUGGCUGAAUGGUUAGCGUGCGCGCGCUGUAUCAUAAAGUCUGUCAUUGAGUCGACUGGCGUGGUUUCGAAUCCCCGGUUGUACGUGACAAGGAGUAGGGUCGCCUGUCCAACCUCGUGGGUUUUCCCCGGGUCCUCCGGUUUCCUCCCACCACUAAAGACCCCUAUGCGCAAGCGAAUUAUUGAAAUAAAAUUAAACCAUAUGUUAGUCCCGAAAUGACCUAGUUUGUGUCGAGUGGACGUUAAACCCCAUUUCUCUCUCUCUCUCUCUCCCUCUCUCCUACUAAUAUAUCCCACCCAUCUGACUAUGCCCCAACCCUUCUAUAUCUCAUUCUGUAUAUAGGGAUUUGUAGUGAGUCAUUCAUCUAAUUCUACCCUUUCCUGUCCGGCUCUUCGUACCUAAUUUCAUUUUAUUUCAUCCUAACAAUCACGUUCCUCAACCUUCCAUAUCUAUCCGAGUAUCGUUCUAUAUCCCACCUGAUAUCGUUCUGUGUAUAGAUCUCACGCCAUAGCGUUCUGUAUCCCACUCUAUAGCGUUCUAUAUCCCACCCAAUGGGCCCAUAGCAAUCUAUACCCCAUCUCAUUGGGAUCCAUGUUCCAUGACGUUCCACUUCAUCCAUAUCAUUCCACCACGUGCCAUGGUGGUCCACUGCACCCAUGUCGUUCCACAACGUUCCAUGCCGCCCCACCCCAUCCACCACGUUUCACCAUGUUAUAUAUUCCAUCACGUAUAUGUACCGUCCAUGUUGGAUUAUUUCAAUUUGAACUGUUUGUACUCAGGGUUUUUUUUACUCGUAUGAUAAAAUAAUAUAGUUUUUA